CUAUUUAUUAUGCUGGCGUCACUCAGGUCAAGUAGACGAAAUGAAGAUGGCGACCGCCUACGAGAGAUACAAUUUGCACACAACCCCAGAGAAGUUCUUCAUCGAGGCCUGUGAUGAAGGAGCUGAUGCUGUCCUGGCCAUCGACAGGGUCUCAAAUGAAAUGACCCUGACAGUGAAAAAGGAUGUUCCUCCAUCAGCAGUCACCAGGCCUAUCUGUGGUAUUAUGGGGACCAUUCGUUUGGUAGCAGGGAUGUACCUGAUUGUCAUAACCAAGAAGAAGAAUGUGGGAAGCCUGCUUGGCCAUGCUGUGUGGAAGGCAGUAGACUUUGACAUGAUCUCCUAUAAGAAGACGGUGCUGCACCUCACGGAGACCCAGUCUCAAGAGAACAAGAACUUCCUGUCCAUGAUUAAGAAUGUGCUGAAUACAGAUGGCUUCUACUUCUGCACUGACUUUGACCUGACACACACCCUGCAGCGGCUGGCCAACACAAGCCCUGAUUUCCAGGAGAUGAGCCUGUUGGAGAGGGCUGAUCAGAGGUUUGUGUGGAAUGGGAAUCUCCUGAGAGAACUGGCAGCACAGCCAGAGCUUCACAAGUUUGCACUCCCUGUUGUCCAUGGAUUCAUUGUCAUGAAGCCGUGCCGCAUCAACGGGAAGAUCUUUGAAUGGGUUCUGAUCUCCAGGAGAAGCUGCUUCCGGGCCGGUGUCAGAUACUACGUGAGAGGCAUUGAUUCAGAAGGCCAUGCUGCUAACUUUGUGGAGACGGAGCAGAUUGUUCUGUAUGAGGGAGCAAGAGCUUCAUUCGUCCAGACACGAGGUUCCAUGCCCUUUUUUUGGUCUCAGAGACCCAACCUCAAAUACAAGCCUAAACCUGUGAUCAGCCAAAGCUCCAGUCAUAUGGAUGGCUUCCAGAGGCAUUUUGACUCUCAGGUCCUCAUCUAUGGGAAGCAGACUAUUCUGAACUUGGUAAAUCAAAAGGGCUCCGAGAAGCCACUGGAGCAGGCCUUUGCUAAGAUGGUGUCUGGCAUGGACAAUGGUCUGAUCCAUUACAUAGCCUUCGACUUUCAUAAGGAGUGCAGCAGGAUGAGAUGGGAUCGCCUUCAGAUCCUGGUUGAUGCUGUGGCUGAAGCACAAGAUGAAUACAGCUACUUCAUGGUGAACACAGAGGGGAAGACAUUAGCCCAGCAGAAAGGUGUCUUCCGUAGUAACUGUAUGGACUGCCUGGACAGGACAAACGUCAUUCAGAGUCUGUUGGCCCGACGCUCCCUACAGUCCCAGCUUCAGAGGAUGGGGGUUCUGAAUGUGGGACAACGGAUUGAAGAACAGGCAGAUUUUGAGAAAAUCUACAAGAAUGCAUGGGCUGACAAUGCUAAUGCAUGCGCUGUACAGUAUGCAGGAACUGGAGCCUUGAAAACCGACUUCACGAGGACGGGGAAGAGGACCCAGUGGGGACUGGUAAUGGACGGCUGGAACUCCAUGAUCCGCUACUACAAAAACAACUUCUCUGAUGGCUUCAGACAAGAUUCCAUUGACCUCUUUCUGGGUAACUUUGCUCUUGAUGAAUCAGACGGACCUACACCUCUUCGAGUGCAGAGAGACUGGACAGUCUUCACGCUGCCCAUCAUCAUGGUGGUGACAUUCUCCAUGUCCAUCAUCUGUUGUCUCAUGGCUGGCGACACCUGGACUGAGACGCUGGCAUACGUGAUGUUCUGGGGGGCCGCCAGUUGGAUUACAGCCGUCAUCAUCUUCUUUAAUGGCCAAAACUUUGUAGAUGCCCCUAAGCUGGUUCAGAAGGACAAGAUGGACUGAGUAUGAUGUGCAUGUGUGUAUGUGAGAAGCAGCCGGGCGCAGCGGGCUCAUAUACCUCAUCAUGCUCAUCCUCCUCUUCCUCCUGCCGUUUGCUGCAGGCCUGGACUCUGUACCGAUCUGCUUUCGCCGUACUGUUCUCCACAUGGAAACUUUUAGAUUUUCUCAUCCAGAACAGAUUGUCUUCAUCAUCUAAGUAAUGCUGAACUUCCUUCUGCUUCCACUGUAGUGGACACACUCCUCUUUCACACACGGUUUACAUUUGAUUUCUUACAUUCCACAGCUCCUGGGCUUGGUUGUGUUGGUGUUGGUGUGUGAGGUAUGCACAGGGUCUGUGAUAGCACUUAUGCAAUUGUUGCAGCGUUCCUCUCUUUUCCAAAAAAGACUUUCACCUUGCAUAACAUCCAGCUAUCAAGCAUCUUCUACUUUACUGCUUAUUUCUUUGAGUAUGUGUUUGCUGCUGUCAGAAUUUAAAAACAGAAAUUAAUGGAGCUUUCUAUUGACUGCUGGAUGGUCGACUUCCCACCUCUGUGCUGGAUGUGUUCCACUGCAAAUGACAUGGACGCCCACAAGAAGAUGGGAAACACUGAUCUGUCCACUGACAGCAAAUGACGUGCUAACGAGAGGCAAUGAAAAUAUGUAACGUUACAUUUAACGUUCUAACGUUCUAACAUCAUGUUACAGUUACAGCUAGUUAUCUUCAUCACAUUAAAAUCAUACACAUCACAUUAAAAUCAUACACAGCUGUAAAUUAUGCCAUCAUAAAAUAAAGACUACAGAGAACGCUAGAUUGAAGUUGAAUGUGUUUUCAAAUAAAAAUCCAGUCAUAGAGAGCUGCUUGUUUUCCACUGUUUUGUAGUAACAUCAUAUGUGGGCAUUUUGGCCUUUUUCCCUGUGAGAAGUCAGAUCUAUCCUAGUUCUGAGUUCAAUGGAAAGCUCCAAUAUUAGUUUUCAACAUGUGUGUUACAAAUGUUAGUUAUUUUGUUUCAUAUCAUUUCAUCCAUUCCAAAACUGUGGUGAUUUAUCAAUGUGUGUGACGCUCAACAAAAUGUCCUAUUAUAAAAGUAAAUGUACACAAGAGCAGAGGUGCUGGUUAUGAUGAGAACUUGAAUGGAGAUGAGUAACAUAACUGCCUUCACAGCUCCACAAAAUCAUUUAUUAUAACUAAGGUUUCAACCAAAACACCUUGACAAAGAGCUGCUUGGUCGAAACGUUGGUUAUAAUAGAUUUAGCGGAGCUGAGUGUGCAGUUAUCUUUAUAUGAACCAACAAAGUCACACUGCAAAAGGUGGCACUUUGACUUGCACAUAUUGAACUAUACUUGUUUACCUAAGUGAUUAGGAUAGCAGUGAGUUUUCAUCUUGAAUGUAACAAUCCUUACACACCUGCUAAUCAAAUAGAGAUCUUAGCCUGAUCUACAUGUGACUGGGUGGAGUGGGAGCAAAAACUCUGUCUUCUUGUGAACCUCAUUGUGGAAGCUGUCAUGAUUCUGUUUUAGGACAGGCUUACUGCUUUUCCUCCCCUCUUAUUUUUGCACUUUGGAGAAUAACAAAAUGAGUUGCAUGCAUCGUCUUGUGAGUGAUCAGGAGUUGAGACCAACUGAUAUCCAUGUAACAGCUACUGUACUAUAUGUUUGUUCAUCUAAAGGGAUAGUUCACACAUUUUGAAAAAUGUGAUAUUAUCUCACUUCCCCUCUAGCUGUUGUGUAGGACAGUAGUGGCUCUAUCUUCCUCUCAUUGUUACUGAGUGCUGGAUCCUGGCUGGAUGCUCCACAUGCUAACUGUUAGCCUCCUGCCAUUGAGGUGGACUAACAGUUCUGUUCCACUGCUGUCCAAAGAACAGGUGGGGGGGGAUUAAAUAACUUUUUUUUUUUUUUUUUUUUUUUUUUUCAGGAUUAGUGAACUAUCCCUUUUUAGUCUUUGUCUGUUCAGUUUCCCAUUCAGUCCACAGAGGCUUGGGAUUGCUUUGUUCCAGUCUAGGAGGGGAAGAAUCCAGUCCCCUCCUAGGUGGCUGCCUUACAAGCUUGCCCUCCGUGGAGAGGGCGAGGACAUGUGAGUGUGUCAUACUGUCAUCAUGUUUAGGCUUUGAGAUUGAAAUGAGACGUACUGUUUUCGAGACAUUUGUCACUCUGCCUUUCACUUUCUGUUUGUUCUCACAUUCCCUGGCAUUCAGGCUCUGUUCUUUGUUUCCGGCUCUGUGUUCUUUGUUUCCAGUGGUAUGUUUUAGAUCAUUAGUAUUAUGCAAGUUAUACCAACAACUAAUGCAGGUCGGUGAUUGAGUGAUUGAAUUAAGUACGGUUGUGUUAAUUUAGGAAAACGUCUAAUUGAACUUUGAUAACACUAACUUUUCAAAAAGGUGAUCUUUGAGCAACAACUGUUAUGCAGCCAUGAACUCGGACUAAAACAAUGUGUACUUAGGUGAAAUCUCUAUCAUGAACAAAUCCUUGUAAUGCCUGUACAUUUAAAAGUUAGAUUUCUAUUUACAGAUUUAAUAUAAUUUGUGAGUGGAAGUGAUGGUUUACCUGGAAAGUACUGGAUAAUUGCAUUUGGUCAGCAGCAUAUUCAGUGUAUUUGUGGCCGUUGCACCUGCUGUCAUUGUAUCGAGAGGGUUAAGGAAGGACGCAGAGAGGCCUUCAGGACAUCUAGGAGAUAUAAUAGACGAAGCAGCCAAUGGGUCAAAUACUUCCUCUCCAUAUUGUAAGGUUGCAGGUUUAACAACACAGGGGCAACGCUGAAAUUCACAAAGGUAGCCUGAAGGUUGCAGAAUUCUUUACUUCUUGAAUCAUUUGAAUCAUUAAAUCCCUACGAUUGGUUCUGCAUGUGUUUUGGUUGUCAACAUGAACCAAAAAUUGAGCCAAUGAUACCGUGACAUAAAAAAAAACUACCUGAAUAAGUUGUGCUUGUAUUUUAAGGGGAUGGUUCAUCCAUUUUGAGAAAUGUGAUAUAAUUUCACUCCUCCCCCUAGCUGUUAUGUAGUAACUGUUAGCCUCCUUCCAUACAGCUAACAGUCUUAAAAAUAACCAGAUUAAUCCAGAAGGUUUUACAUAAUUUCACGUCUGUGUGCUCUUGGUAAUCGUGUGCAUUUCAGUUUCAGAGAGCAGCACUUGUAAAGUGACAUUAAUCCUUCUUUGUUUGGAUUAAAGCGGUUGUUGUUUUUCAGCAUGUUUCAGAACUACCUACAGAGCAGCUAGGGGACGAGUGAAAUAAUAUCACAUUUUUCAAAAUGGGAGAACGAUUCAUUUAAGAUGCAUGAGUUUGUGACAUGAUGUGCAAACUGUAUUGUGCUGUAUUCCAUGACAUUUAAUAAUUCACUGAACAGAUCCCAAACAAACAAAAGGUCUACUGGAGGAUAAUGCUCAAAUGAGCACAUUUCAAAAGGAAAGUUGAAUCUAGCUCAUAAUGUGAUAUUAAUGUCACCUUAGGUGUUUGGAGUACAUGUUUGUUUAUUCAUAUUACAAGUUUGCAAGUCAUAUUACAGCCUCACUAAUCAUACAACUUUUCGAGGCUUUUUUAUGCCUAAAUGUUACUGAGCAGAUUAUUGAAUUGGGAAACACUGUGAUUUUCAUAAUGAUAAAAUGAAGGUAUUGGGGAGCAGCGUUGGACAUUUUGUUUGCUGUGGAACGUGUAAAUGAACUUCUGUUUCUCUUCAACACUCUCCUUCCAGAAAAUGAUUUUAUCCAGUUGUUUUGUUUGAUUGUAAGUAAACUCCAGUGAAUGACCGGUA